GACGCGUCGCACUCGCGCUAUCAACUGAAUAAUCCCGCUCCCUAAACGGUGCGACUGUUUUCAGACUCAGUGUUAUCGCAUGUUCAAGUUGUUAUGACUUGAUUUAGCGGGUUUAGGAGGAAGCUUUUGGAUCAAAGAGGGGUCCAGCCGGGAUGGACAAAGUGCUCCGGAUCACCCCGCACUCUCUGGCUCUGGUUCUGUCCAGGCUCAGUCCAGAAGAUGAAGCGUCCUCUUCCUCGCCGUCUUCAUCCAGGGAAGCCGUGGUCUCGGUUCACUUCCAGCAGCGCAACACGGGCUACGAAGUGUUCGCUAAUUUUAAAGCGACCAACAUGCAACACUUCUGGAACAAGGCGCUGACCAGAGCCUUGUCCGAGAUCUUCUUCCUGGGCUGGAUCGACGAGCGUGUGCUCCUGGUCCGCGGGAGUGAGGUUCACCUGCAGGUGCUCAGGAACGGAUGGACCAGGCGCACCCUGAUGCCUCCUCAAGGGUUUGACAUCAAGACCAUCGGUGUUUUGAAAAAGGUGAAGGUGAACAUCCAUCUGGUAAUAUAG